AUGACGGAUUUUACCAAUGUUAGCACGGAUUUUUACCCCAACAUCUGGUCAUCACAACAGCCAAUGGAGGCAUUUACACUUUUAAAAGCAGAUCCUGUUCAAACCUUUCCGCUGUUAUCGGAACAUCACUACUGGGUGCCGAUGACGAUGCCAAUUCCAACACCUGUUAUGAUGACCAGCGCCACCGCUGGUGUCGGGACGCAGAUGUUUUCACAGGGAUUGUGCAUGGAUCCUACGCUGUUGAUGCCCAUCCCCAUGGGGCUGUUCUCUCAGCUUCCACCAACACAAAGUAGGCUGCCAUCCUACUCCCACACGUCACCACAAGCUCCACAGCUUUCGCGAAUCCUCGGUCCCAUCGACUCUUCGGUGGAGUCGUGCGCGUCAUUGGUGCCUCCCCAGCGCCACAUGGAUAUCAUCCCCAGCAACGGGAGCAUGCUCAUGACAGAACCUAUAAUGUUAUGCCCGCCCUCCGUGCGCAAGAAUGGUCUUCUCUACGCCACGAAUACGCAGUACGAGGGGCGGGUGAAGCGUUACAGCCAUCUGCGCGGUUUCGGCUUUCUGACGGCGACACACCGACUGACGCCUCUGAACAUGGAGGACGUUUCCGGCCUAGAGCAGCACAAGGACGCCUGGAAGGGCGUCACGGACUCCCCCCCCACGGAUCCCACAGAAGAGGUGGCUGAGAUUGAUGGUGUGCGCUACUUACGCAAGCCCGUCCGUAUUGGCGAUAUCUUUGUUCAUCACCAAAAAAUACGCAUCCCCCUGGGCAUGGAUAGGCCGAAUGGGCUCUCGCAGGACUUCACCGUCGGAGCCUGUGUGUACUUCCGUGCCGAUAAGUGUGCAUAUCCGGGCAGCCUGCAGGCGGUCGACGUCCGACUUCUGCUGCGCCAGGGUCGUGUGUUGGAAGGGGGGGCCUCCUCGCUGUUGUCGGCGCAGAACCCCUCUCCGAUCGGGCCCAACCCUCGUCUCCGCCCCGCCCCGCACACCCCCUGUCGCCGUGAGAGCAACUGCUCCUGGGAGAGCUCGGAGCUGGAGUUCGUGUCAAAGCACUCGCUACCCUCCGGCCAGUCCAACGGCGGCACGUCAAUCUCGAAGCUUUCCACCCUCGGGGAUAGCGACGGGGUCGGUCACCGCGUGGUCAGUGCCAUGGGCAUUUUAGACAUGCUUCUACCAACGAAGUCAGAGCAAAUCGGCGAUGAGAGGAGUUCGCUCAUAGUGUCACCAAACACUUGUAAUACGGACUUCACAAGCCUCCUCACGUCAAAAGGACCAACUUCAUAUGUUUUUAAUGGAGUCGCGUGA